GCCUCUUUCAGUUCCAGGACCCCAUCCAAGAUCCCACAUGAUGUUCAGUCAUCCUGUCUCCAUAGGCUUUUCUUGGUGGCGACAGUUUCUCUGACCUUCCUUUCUCUGAUGCCCUUGUUGGUUGAGGAGGACCUGACAGUUGAGGAGUACCUGUCAGAAAUGCUAGGAGUGUCACACAUAAACUCCUGAACUGCAGCAUCCUGUGCUGCAUCCUGCUGCCUAACCCAACCACACAGUGUCCAGGGUGGAGGCAGCAACUCAUUGGAGGACAGACAACCAAAGGAACAAUGUCUGCCCUGCAAUGAGAGAGGGACAGCAGAAAGGAGUCUCCAGGGGCCACCACACCUCCUUCAGAGAAAUAGAAAGCAGCAGGCAAGGCUGGGUGGAAUCUGCAUUGGCCAUUGCCACCACUGGGGGACCAGGAACAAGAAGGAGGAGCCAAGGUGUAAGAGCAAAGUAUGACAUGGAAGUUACAUGAAUAAUUUAAAGAGCUGCACACAAUUAUGAACAUUUCUGAAGCCUUUUCUCAGUGAAGUACAUCAAGAUGAAUGAACCUGCCUUCUUGGAUCUUUUGGAAUGUCCUGUGUGUGUAGAAUGCCUGGGUUCUUCUGCAAAAGUCUUGCCUUGCCAGCACAGGAUUUGCAAAGGAUGAUUUCUGGGAUCAUAGGUUCCCUCAGUUGUUUGUACUGGAGGGCUCUUGUUGGCUCCUGUGAUGAACAUCCAGAUAACAUCCUGCUGGUCAGGCUUCUGGAUGGCAUCAAGCAGAGAGGCCUUGGAAACCUAGCUGGUGGGGGCAUUGAGACUAACUGCACAAAUGCAUUAAGGGUUCAGGGCAGUACUAUGGCUAAUUGUAGUGCAAAAGAUCUAGAGAGCUCCCAGUGUGGAUGGCAGCCUCCAGUGCAAGCCUGGAGGCUCCAAUGAGGGGUAUACCUGUUACCAUGUCCUCAAGCAUUACAUUACUAUGAAGGAAAGAACCCUGGAGACUUUAAAUUCAGCAAAUGUGACAUCAUCAUUUGUUGACAACAUGUUGAUAAAAACUGGCUCCACAGGGUAAGUCAAUGGGAUCCAUGGCUUUUUCCCCAACCAACUUAGUGCAGAUUAUUAAACCAUUGUUUCAGCCCCCACCUCAGUGCAAAGCAUUUUAUGACUUUGAAGUGAAAGACAAAAAAGCAGCAGAUAAUGACUGCCUUCCAUCUGUUAAGGAUGAUGUUCUGACUGUGAUCCAGAGAGUGGAUGUAAGCUGUGCUGAAGGAAUGCUGGAAGACAAAAUAGGAAUAUUUCUGAUUUCCUACAUUGAGUUUAACUUGACUGCUAAGCAGCUGACAUAAUGGGAUAAGCCUCCCAUGCCAGUAGUUGAUGCUGAAGACUGUACCUCAGCAGCAGCCCAGAGCAGCUCUGCUCCAAAGCACUCCAACACCAAUAACAACACCAAAAAGCAUCACUCCUUCACUUCCUUCAUCAUGGCAAACAAGUCCUCUCAUGCAUUCAUGCAUCCCAGAACUGUCAAUCCAUGGAGAUCAGCCCUCCUGUCCUCAUCAGCUCCAGCAACCUUCAGCUGCCAUAAGGAUCAGAGAACUGUCUGUGCUUUCCUUCAGUGCCCUUUCUCAGAUUCAUGUGCCCAUGGAACUAUGAAUCCUCCCUUUCCAGCACCCCCUCUCCUGGCUGCCACUGUCCUCACCUCCAUCCUGCCAGGUGCUAUGCUGCUUCUGCUGGAAUGGGACCCAGUCUCAUGGCAGAAUCCACUGCUCACAGCAGUCUCAUCUCUGGGAACCAAAGCAGGCUGGAACUUCCGUGGAAUUCAGGCAGAACUCCUGAGGAACUCCUGCAGAACUCCAGCAGAACUGUGGCGAAACUCUGAGGAACUCUUGCACAGCAAUCUCCAUGGCCUUGGCAGCUUCUCUUCCUCAGACUAGCCUCCAAGGGGUUUAUAUAGCACUUCGUCCAAUGCUAUUUGUCCAAACUUAUGCUAAUUAGGACUUAGAAAGAAAUAUCAAUGCUAUUGGCCCAAAGUUAUGCUAAUUGGGUUGGACACAUAGGAACUCCAUUGAUCAGUCUCUUUUUAAUAUUCAUAGUAGAUUCAUUCAUAAAAGAAGCCCCGAAUUCCCAUGCUGACAAUGAAUGAAUGGAUUGGGAAGCAGCUCAAUGGCAAAGCUGCAAAAGCACUUGCCUCACAUUCCCAAAGCCGUGGGUUCGAUCCCUAUUCCAAAAAGAAAAAGGAAAAACAAAUUUCAGAUAAAUGAAUGCGAGCAAAAAAGAAAAUAAACUUUAUCAAUACAUAAAUCCUUACUCAAAAACAUACCUGCUCUGCGUUCUGCAGGAUCUCUGUCAAGUGACCCCUUAUCCUUUAUCUCUUUAAAAUAAUUUUUUUCCAAAAGUUGAGAGUCAUGGACCAUGUUUUAGUCAUCUCUCUUCUGCACUUAUGCCAGAGGUGAAUGGGUGUGUGGGAUGUAAUCCAGCGGAGGACCAAGGACUGAUUUGGGGCCAGCUUGGGAAGUAUUGCUGGUGAUAUCACAUAAUAGCUAAUUGUUAAAAUUCAAAUGCAUGCAUGAACAAAUUAUAUAGAACCAAAAGAUAUUAUGAUUAAAGGUCAAGA